CGCGCGUUCCUAGGUUGAGCAAUUGGCCAAUAAUAUGAGAACUUGAAUGCACGCAACUUGGAACGUUGUUUGCGCCUUCAGUAGAUGAUGGUACAUCUGCUUUCUGGAUCCUUUUAACGCCUCAGGCCAAAAACCUCGAAACGAGGCGGCGGUGUCAGAAGUCUGCAAGUCCAAGUGCAGGCCUUUUCCGUUAGAAGCAAGUUUUCUGCUUGCAGACAUGGCGGUGGCAAUCGCGGGCUCUUUUUCCAAUAAAGCUUGAUCAAGUCUGCAAGCCGAAAUGGGGGAGGAGAAUGCUGUGAAAACGCCCGGUGAUAUUUUAGGGAGAGUCUCGGAAUAUACUUCUGGUCGAGGAACACACGUGCGGGGAGAUCACAUCUGUGCGUCCAUUGUGGGCCAGCAAAGCAUCUCGGCGCCCGCAGCUGGGGCCUCCGAUAAAGCGCAGCUGCCUGUGAUCGAAGUGAUCAACGGCAAGGAGCGGUCAGCGGUGCCUGAGACGGGGAGUACAGUCACGGCAAAAGUUGUGCGGAUAGACCACAGAAAGGCCACCGCCGACAUCCUGUGUGUCGGCCUGCGUGCAGUGACGCAAAAGUUCACCGGAAUCAUUAGGCAGCAAGACGUCCGAGCUACGGAGAUCGACAAGGUCGAGAUCGCAACGUCGUUCCGGCCAGGCGACAUCGUGCGGGCAGAAGUCCUGUCCUUGGGCGACGCCCGCGCCUACUACCUCUCAACGGCCAAGAAUGAGCUGGGAGUGGUGUUCGCCAAGAGCCCAGCAGGCGUCCGCAUGGUCCCCGUGAGCUGGGAGAAAAUGCAGUGCCCAAAAACGAAGGUGAUCGAGCUGCGGAAAGUCGCCAAGACAUGACGAACAGGUGGUGGCAAGUGGCACGACGCUCCGAGCGGAGAGGCACUGCCACGGCACAGCCGGAAACAGUAAGAUAAAGCAAAAGGACCCGCGUUUUUGAGGUCCCAACUUGCUUCACAAGGAGAGCCGCUCGAGCUCACGCCUGUGUAGCCGCGGCGCUUGAAUGUUCGCUCACGAAGCUCAAGUGCUGGUCACUGUGUUUGACCAGCUAAAUUUUGUCCAAAGAUACGUACAUUCAGGACUCGUGCUUUUGAGCUUCUGAUAUCGACCAUUCGCUGUGUG